CAGGUGAGUUCGGUUGUUUACGAUACAACCGGAUUUUAACAAGUAGAUCAGAACCGGAUUAGUCGAACCGAUCUAAACCGGAAAUGUACCAAUUAGAACCUGAUCCAUAAUUCUAGAUUAAACCGCUAAUCGGAGCUACUCGUCUUCUCCGGCGAAAUUGCAAAAUUUCAUCGGCGGGAAUCUAACGAAAGGGUUAAUUUCGUUCGAAGAAGCCUAGAAAAUGGAGGUUAUCGAUAAAUUUGUCGCCGACAUUUUCAUUCGUCGUCAACGCAAUCCUAGAGUUUUUCCCUACUAACCUGCUUUCGUCGCUGAAAUUUGGAAACGCCGACGACUGCCUAAAGCUCAAGAUAUCUUCUGUAUGUUUCUGUAGACUCAGGGAACGAUUUACCCCCUCGUUGUUCUUGAGAAGCUUCUGUUGCUGCAGCAUUUGAUCUUAAGAAGGCUCUUGAGUAUCCUGAGCUCUAUCAGCGGAUUUGUGAGGCUACAGUCAGGUGCAAGAUCAUCUCUUUACUAACUCAAAGAGCAAUGGGGGCACUACUUGAGAGUUCCUUUUUCUUGAAUCUGUAGCUUGGAGGAGUUUUCUUAAGCGAAUGGCUGAGACCAACGUCGAGAGCGAUAGAGAAGAUCCAAAUGCUGUUGAUGUAUAAAGCACGAGGCGUUUGGAGAGUGACAUCAGAAGAAGUGGAAGCUCUGAGGGAAGGAGUUAAAAAAAGUAUAUUCAAACACUCUUUGCCAAGUCCCAACCAUGAACUCCUUGAGGGCUAAAGGAAGUCUCCACCAACAACAAAAAACAAAUCUUCAAUGUUGGAAUCGUGCAGUUUCCCGAAGCAACAAAACUCUUUCCUCCCAAGUCUUGCAUUUCCAGUAAGUUGCAGUUUCUCAAGUCUCAUCCUCUUUGCUAUUAUGUUUGUGGCUCACAAGAUAAAACAGGGCAUAUUCGCUUACCGUUUAGCUUACUUACCCAUUUGUGUUUACAAAAUGACGUGGUUUGAGUGUCUUUGACUGGCAACUAAGGUUUGUCAAAGUUUUGAAUAUUGUAUAUUUUACAAUUUGGGUCAAUAAAGAUAAUGAUCUUCUGAAAAAAAAAAAGUUCAGGCCAAAGACUGUUCAACAUAUAUUAUCUGCUGACGUUUCUUGAUGAAGUACAAGUAGAAGAAGAAGUACGUAGGAAGAGUUUUGGCCGCCAGAGUUAUCUCGUCCUCUCAAAAAUAUUCCUGGGAUCAUAAAUCUAUCUUUGUCAACCAUGAACACGCAUCAAGUUCCAGAGUAUGUUGAAACCGAUCCCACUGGACGCUACGGACGUUUUGAAGAAGUUCUUGGAAGGGGAGCGAUGAAGACAGUGUACAAAGCAAUCGACGAGAUGCUGGGAAUAGAAGUCGCAUGGAGCCAGGUGCAGCUAAAAGAGGUUCUCCGUUCCUCUGUUGAUAUACAGAGGCUCUACUCCGAGGUUCAUCUUCUCAGCACUCUAAACCACAAAUCUAUCAUUCGUUUCUACACUUCCUGGAUCGAUGUUCGUUCACACACUCUCAACUUCAUCACCGAGUUGUUCACUUCUGGGACCCUCCGACAAUACAAAAACAAGUACUUGCGGAUAGAUAUCCGAGCAAUCAAGUCCUGGGCUCGGCAGAUCUUGGAAGGGCUUGUUUAUCUCCACGGCCACGACCCUCCUGUUAUCCACAGAGACCUUAAGUGUGAUAACAUCUUUGUUAAUGGACAUCUUGGACAAGUCAAAAUAGGCGAUCUUGGUCUUGCAAGAAUGCUCCGGGACUGCCACGCUGCCACUAGUGUCAUCGGCACUCCUGAGUUCAUGGCUCCAGAACUAUACGAGGAGAACUAUAAUGAACUCAUUGACGUUUAUUCCUUUGGUAUGUGCUUUUUGGAGAUGAUCACCUCUGAGUUCCCGUAUAGUGAGUGCAACAAUCCAGCGCAGAUUUACAAGAAAGUUGUUGCGGGGAAGCUACCAGGAGCCUUUUACAGAGUUGGAGACAUAGAGGCACAAAGGUUCAUUGGGAAAUGCCUCGUGCCUGCCUCAAAGAGAGUGUCAGCAAGAGAGCUAUUGCAAGAUCCAUUUCUUGCGUCUGACGAGUCCUGGAUGGUGUACGCGAGAGGUGCUGAGAAUCUGAAGCCCUUCUUGAACGAGAAUGAAAUGGACAGACUAAAGUUGGGAGAUGAUGAAUUAGGAAGGAGCCGUAUGACCAUCACCGGGAAGCUGAACGCUGAAGAUAACACAAUCUUUCUCAACGUACUAAUCGCAGAUGAAGAUGGUAAGGCAAAGAAAGUUUCUUUUCCCUUCGACAUCAUGAAUGAUACUUCCAUUGAUGUUGCAAAGGAAAUGGUAAAGGAACUCGAGAUCACAGACUGGGAGCCAGACGAGAUUGCUAAAAUGAUUGAUGGAGAGAUCUCUUCUUUGGUGCCUGGUUGGAGGUACGAGGAGAAAGAUGCUCAUGAUGAGGCGAAUUCUCAGAGUUCUUCCAAUUCAGGAUCCUAUUCCAACGUCAACUACAUAUCUUUUGAUGAGCACAGCUCCCAACCUUCUGCUAAGACCAGAACUCACAACGUGACGAGGUUCUGCCCCGAAGAAAGCUCUCAUCUACAUUCAGGACGCGCCAACGUAUGUGCAGCUUCCAGUUCAAGUAACUGGAGACUGGCAUCAGACAAUCGCGCACUUACAAGGAACCGCUCACUUGUAGACGUGCAGAGGAAGUCACUGCAGCGGUCGCUGGUGGAAGAGGGUAGGAAGAGAAGGUUGUUCAAAACCGUUGGAGACGUCGAAAACGUUGGGUUUCAGUCUCCUUAUGCUGUUUCGAGGAAGCCACUGAGCUCAAGGCGCUAAGCUUCUCCCAUAUUUUGAACAAACUGUAGAUUUGUAUUCAUGUAAAAUCUAUAGUGUAAUGUGAACAUACUGUAGAUUUGAACAUACGGCUUAUGUUUCCAUGUAAUAACAAAGGGGCUUAUUUACUUCAGACCAUCAAUUUCUUCGGUCUUGGUUAGAAAGUCUGCCUUGUUGGUUUGCCAGGCUAUGGCUUCGUCUUUGCAAAAAGAUGAAAGUUAAGGAAGCUUGGGAAGAUCUAGUGAGCAUCUGCCUUUGACUAUAAUUUCAACUUAUAGUGCUGAUUUUCUGUGCUCACUUUUGUUUCUUACUAAGCAGGUCAGUGGUUCCUAUGUGUUUAACAUUGAUCAAUGCAGGUAGAAUCUUAAAUG